AUGCAUCUCAUGUACACCCUCGACGCCCAAGGCAAUCGCCUGUACACCCUCAAGAAGGUCGCCCAAGGACAAGUCACCAAGUCUGCCCACCCCGCGCGCUUCUCCCCCGAUGACAAGUGGUCGCGCCAGCGCGUUACUCUCAAGCGACGAUUUGAGCUUCUCUUGACUCAGCAGAAGGACGAAUAA